GUUACAUGACUACUUCAGUGAAAGAGGAACUUUCAGGCUCUUUCUGCAAAAAGAAACGGCAAACGGCAGCUUGACCAUUUCAGUCCGCUACCGAGAUACAGACACAGGUGAUACAGUUUCGCCUACACGAUAUUACCAUGGUUUCAAAUAGCACACAUAGCACAAUUGCAACGUUUAGUUAUUCUGCAACGAGUCCUUCAAGUCCUAAUAGCACAUCUUCACUUGGACUUCUUGUGGGUUUGCCUAUAUUCUUUGUGGCUUUGCUGCUGGUGGGGAUAGCAGUGUUUCUCUGGUUUCGACACAGAAAAUCAAUGGAUAUUGAAUUAUCGAACAAACUUAAGAGCCAAGAUAAGAGUCACAAUGGGGAUUCCAGGGAGUCUCCAUACAGUGGAUACACCGGAGGACUUCAGCCCGCACCCCAGAGCCCAAUCUAUGAGAACUUUCAAGGUGGACAGUCUGAUCUGCACAAAUUUCAGAGUGCUGUACAGAGUGAGAACACUCACAGAGACCAUCAAGCAUACGUGCAGUGUGAUCCACAUGAUGCAAUCUACAGCAAUGAUCCUGCCCUCUUCAAUCCAGACGGGGCUGAAAUCUCUGAGGAUGUUUACAUCAUGCCAGAUGCUUGAAAGUCUGAAAUGUUUUGCUGUCCAGUAUUAAUGCCCAAAAUGUUCAGUAGAAUCAUUUGUACUGGCAUGAUAUGAAAAAAUAACAAGUCUUUAUUUUUAAAGGGUGAAAUCUAGGGCAAAACAAUUUGCCCGAGAAAUAGUGAUUCAAUGGCCCUAACAAACAUUACAUGUAGUUUUUUGUCUGAACUCACUGUGAGACAGCAUAACAUAGUCAUGACCUCAUUGAUCACAGUUUAACAGGUGUUUUUGCCGAUUGUAAAUAAUCCCAGCUGAAAAGUCCAGUUUAGACCAGCGUGAACGUUCCAUGCUGUACAGACUGGUUUGUACUGGUUGGGUGGACCAAUAACUAAGUUCUUGUUGAGAUGCUGGGUCAUAUGCUGGACUUUUCAGCAAAGGGGGGGGGGGGGGGCAUUCACACAUUUUAAUGUAAAAU